CUGUGUACACACAAUACAACGAAGCGACGUUCAGGGAACAGUGUCACGAUAAAAAUGGAGUUAGUCGUACAUAGGUAGCUUUACCUUUUACCUGGAUAUAAACCUGCCUCAUCCAUAUAUUACUUCAGAUUGUCUAUAUAUUGAACUGAAGAUUGGAUUUCAUAUUUUGUGUCAAAGUGUGAUUUUAUGAAAUCAUGAUGGAGUAUAAUUUCAUCAAAGAGUUCACAGUACUAAGGAUGUUUUGUGUGGAAAUUUAAAGUAAUUUCUGUACAGCUGGAAAGUGGAAUUAGCAAAGGAUUAUAAUCUGCUGGUGUGUUUUUCGUGGAGUAUUUCUGAAUUAGUGGAUAAAAUUAACACAUCAGUAUUUAGUGGUACAAUUCAAGUUUGACAGUAUGGUUUUAACACACCAGACCCACAGUAGCGGAGAUGUGUCCCCUACAUACGCCAACAUGGAUGAAAUUCAAGACUUGCUGAAGGCCUAUUCAAGUGAUGAAUACUUGGUAGUUACGGAGGCUGACCAAGGGUUGAUGAUGCAGUCACAAUAUCGAGAUCCACCCCCCUACCCUGGGCACAGUAAACAGAUGGCCCAGCCAAGUCUUCGUCAGAGUUUCUCUGGGAGUGAGACGAGUACGGAUGUUUCGGUUUCGUCCAUGGAGAACUUGUCAUCGUCACAGCGACAGGAACCUCAGGGGGAGGAAACUGCCACUCCCUCCUACCACCACCAAACAGAGUGCAGCGAGGAAUACAGCAUCAUGGCGCGCCUCGCACAGGACUCAAAAUCACAACAGAGUAGUGUCCCCUACUACGGACAAGUACCCCACCCCACGGAUAAUCGGGGCUAUCUAAACAGUGGUCCGUUCUACCCCUGGACACAACACCCACACCUCCUGCCCCAAGGGCAGAAGGUUGGGGAUAGUGGGAUGGGCGGUAAAGACUUGGGGGAAUCACAUUUGUGUUCAUUUUCCGUUGCUAAUACAGACUGGGCAUAUACAGGAUCAAAUCAACAGCAAACGACGAAUUCUAGUUUACAGGCAGCGUAUUUUACAACGCUAACGCCUCCACCGCAGUAUCCUGGAGCAAAUGGAUUGUACGAAAAUAUGGACAGAACAAAAAUGAAAAGGUCAUAUGAAACUGUUGAAUCAGUGGAAAUAAAAUCGUGUCAUUCUCAACCCGAUCUGCACAGAUAUUGGGAAUCGCACAACCCCGAAGCAUUAGCAGCACAACUCCACUCACAGCAACUCCCUCCCCAUAGACAAAGUUCGCCUGCUGCUCAUGAGCUUAAUCCUCUACGGACGACAGACAUGGUUGAAAUUUUGACAGAGGAAAACAAGCGAUUACGAGAAGAUCUUAAUAUUUAUUGUAAAAAAGUCUCCAAACUUCAAAAGUUUGAGAUGGAAAUCCAGAAAGUCCAUGAGGCAUAUGAAUCUUUAGUACAGUCUUCGCAAAAGCGAGAAAAAUUAGAAAAAAUGAUGAAAAAGCGACUUGAGGAGCAAAUAAGGAAAUUACUCUCUCAGAACAAGACAUUGAAAGAAAAAUUCGAAAAAUCUAGUCAUGGUUCUAACAUUGAGCCAAGUCAAGGAGUAGAAAGAGAGGAAGGUACAUCAGCCUUGUUGGCAAAAAAUAAGGAACUUCAGAAUCAACGUGACCGUUUUGAGCUUGAGGUUGCGACACUCCGGACAACAGUUCAAGGACAAAAGGAUCAGCUGGACAUCUUGGACGGAGCAUUGACCAAUGCCCAGUCCAAUGUCGUCAGGCUGGAGAAGGAGUGUUGUGUGAAGCAAGUGCAGAUGGAGCGACUUGACCAGUUACAGCGUGCAUUUUCGUUACUACAAGCUACAUGUGAAAAGCGUGAACAAAUGGAAUCUAAGCUGAGAACAAAUCUGGAGAAAAAACUAAUCAAGUCACAAGAGCAGACCGGUACACUUCCUAAAACAGAGCCAGGAAAAGAGACAGCGUCAGAGAUGAACAACAUUUACUCCCUACAGCGACUUCUGAAUGAAAAAGAAGCAAAGAUUCUGCAGCUUGAAACAGAAGUUGUUAAGUGGGAGCAGAAAUACCUGGAAGAGAACAUGCGUCAGCUUACCCUACAGAAUCCUGAACUACAGGAGCAGUGGUCAUUCGACUCAGAACGACUACAGCUUCCUCCCAAGGUGGGACCGGUGGAGGAAGUUUUCCGGUCACAGAUCACUGAACUCGAGUCAAAGGUAAAGUCCUUGCAGACUCAGCUUGCGGAGAAGGAUGCUAUGAUUCGAGUAUUUCAGCGAGCACCUAUGACACGCAGCAGUAGUGUACACACUCUGAAUUAUUGUACACCGCUACACUCACCACGCCCCUCCCUCAUCGCCACGGGAACCCUCACACGCCAGGGAAGUCAAUCAGACAACAACAGUUAUCGGGAUUUCCCAACAACCCGCCAUUUCAAAACAGGCAGUACAAGUGCCUUAGAAACGGGCAGAAAGUUCUCCUUAGACUGUGAGAAUUUGUCUGACGACUUUGUCCAGCCUGAUAACAGGUCUGAGGAUAAGGAAGAUUCAUCAGAGGAUGAAGGAGAUAAGGUUUGGCAGGUCUGAGGGAAUCAAAGUCUGAGGGAAUCAAAGUCCCAUAUAAACACCUUGGUACCCCUGUAUCUAGGCCUGGGAGGAACAGCAUUCAGCUGUAUUUACCCCAUGGGAGAUGUGAGGGACACUACCUCGAAUGUCCACCGACGUGUCUCAGACAGGCAGUAGUUUGAGAAUCCAUGAUGAGUUGGAGACCUGCUGUUCUGUUUUACCCUCUGCGAUGACACUCUGGGAAGCAGGGGUGGUUUCUUCUAGUCCAAGUAGAGGUAGCAACUGCAGCCAUCUAGACUUUCGUGACCCGUGUGUUUAGACAGUUGUCUAGUUACCAUAGAAACCAGCCUGGCAGCUUGUCAGUUAGCCAUUUCUACAGAAAUGUCAACAGUUAACUGGUUACCAUAUGAUAAUGGCUAGCAACCUUUUCGUAAUCCAAACCACAGAAACCUGCUCAGCAGCUUAAGUCAUCAUGAUGAUGAACAUCUCAAGUAGAUUGCAAUAAACUUUAUGCAAUUUAGAACCUUAAAUAGAUCUGUUGAAUGAAGCGAUGGAAUACAACAUCAUUUAGUGCUACAUGUGAAAGGAGAGGCCAGUCAUAGCCGAAGCAGAAGGGCUUUUGAAUUCUGGAUAUAAGUUAUUAUGUAUCAGAAUAUUUUGGACUUUUACCAAAAUUGCCAACGAAUAAUAAGAGACUGGUGUGUAUGAUUCACCCGCUUCAGUGUCAGAGAAAUCUAUCUUAGGAAACCUUACAAUAACAGAUUUUUACAGCUGAAGAUAACUUUUUGAUAAUUUUCAAUAUUGAAUGGAAUUGAAUUAAAACACAAUGUUUUAGUGAUCGAAAGCAAACCAUUUGUUUUUUUAAAAAGUGGAAUAUGCUUUUUCUAUUGUUGAAUUGAAGCAGAGCCCAACUAAUACAAGAUUUCGCAGAAAAAAAAAUUUAUAAAUGAAUGAUAAUUUUUCGAAGGAAGAAUUUUUCGCAGGAUAACCUCCUGAUAAUGAAAAACACCCGUGAGAAUUUCGUGAAAGUUGUUGAAUUGUAAUGUUGACCACAAAUUCUAAAAAGCAAAUCUAGACCUUGACUUUGUUUAUGUGGCUUUCGUAAAGAGGAAUUAAUAUCACAAUACUGAAUAUCUCUGCUAAGUACACAAGUCUAGGAAUGAUUUAUGAAGAUAAUUUGUGGUUUUCAAUACAGUUUUCACAACACGAACCUGCAAACAUUUAAGCAUUCCACAAAUGAAUGGUGAUUUUUUAUAAUAUCAUAUUUUAUUUUUCCUGAACCAUUCACAGAGACCAAUGUGCUGAAAUUUGGAACAAGUUGAACUUGUUUCAGACUAUGAUGUUAUUCAUAAAAUCUAAGUUUUAGGACUUUUUACAAAUACAUGUACAUCAUUUGUAGAGAUUUAAAAAGAAUACUUGUCUUUGGAUUUAAUCAUAUAAGAACAAACUUGAGGGUUUAAAGCUUUUGAACAGAUUUUUAAAAUGCAACAAUACCCUGCAUGUUUUAUUGUCUCAAAAUGUCCAACCUAUGUUUUACCUAAGGUUCUAGCAAUUGUUUUCUUAUUCUGCUUACAAAUAAAAUACACAGGGUGAGUUUUAAUAACUAAUGGACAUUUUAUUGAUACCAAAUAUACUGUAGAUUAUGUCUGGCUGUUCAUACUUGUUAUGAAUGACACUUGUUUUGAAUUAGAAAAUUCACUUUUGAAGACGUAGAAAAUUUUGUAUUGUUGUUUAUAUUUCUUUGUUGUCAUUAUAUGUGGCUACUGUGGUGUAUAUUGCACCAUAAGGAAUGAACUAUGGCCUUUGAACUUUGAGGUUUGACCUUUUUGAUAUUAAGCAAUAUAGACUUCUAUACAUUUUUAAGCAACAAAUGACAUAUGUUUUGCAUUAACAUGUUAUAGUUGUUGUUAUUGUGAAAAUUAAUUUUAGAAAUGGUGUUAGUGUUUUCAUCAUCCAGACGAAAAUCAUGUCAUCAUAUUUUUUGCCUCCAUUUCAUAUAGUGUAGCAUUCAGCAUUUCAAUGAUGUGAAAUCAUUUGAUAAUGUGUUCAUAUUGAUGGUAGCUCAAAUUGAGUGUUUAUGAAAUGUUUCUUCAUAGAUGUCCAUACUUAGAUGGGAAUGUUAUCAAAUCGUGUUUCAAGACUGAUAUUUCUAGUGGGUGCUUUGCCAGAAAAUUGUUAAUUUUGUGUUACCAUAUUUUAGCGAUACCCGGUAGCCUGUUAUUAGUAUCAAACCCCACUCCCAGGUCAAUGGAAAUUCCUGACUGUGUUGGUUGUAAGAUGACUAUAAAGUGCUGUUGGGAGUAAGGAUUGUACCGAUUUCAGCCUAUAUCCAGGAAUGAGCCCCCGGGGUCAAUGGUUAACCACAGCUACUUGAGAAAUUUUGAACACUCCUAGCUGCAUGUCUAGUGAACUAUGUUACACGACGUAUAUGAACAAGUUGCUAGUGUUGUUUGGUGUUUACACUUGUUCUCACCUGUUAAUUAGGGUUUCAUGUGCAAUAAUAAUACACCUACAAUGUAGACCAGGACAUUGAUGUGCGGUGCUAUGUUUUGUUACGGAUCAUAUACACUAUGUGUAUGUGUGAUAUUUCACCUACCUGAACUGAUGUAUUUACUUAUCCCAUCAUGUGCACAUUGCACACCUUUUUUUUUUUUUUUUUUUUUUAAGAUUCAAUAUCUUUAUUAUCCAGCAAAAAUAAGGAAUAUAGCCAGUAUUGCACCCCUGAAAUUGAUACCCUUGAGUUACCCAAAAAUUUGUUAUGCCGGACUUACUUUAAAUAAAAAGUGUACAAAAGAAAUUAUCAUUACAAUACUCCCAAUUAAUAUAAUGCUACCAAUGGUAAAAUUAGUACUGAACAUUUUCUAAUUAAUAUUCAGAUAUGACCACCAAACUUGAUAUCAGUAUGGGAUCUUAAAUGACUAACAUUCAAAAUAUUGAUAUGGGAUUCCUCUUCAGUGUUUAUGUGUGCAUGAUGUGGAACAGAGGUUAUAACAUCAGGGUAAGACAUACCACGUCCCUUUAAUAGGGACAGUAUCAUAAUUAUACUUAUGUCAUAGGGUUUCAGUCUAUGAAAUAGUUGACGUAGUUUGAAGAAUUAACAAGAUUAAAUAUCUUGAUCUAAAAAAAAUCUGUUGUAAUGACUCACUGCUGAUAUAUUUGUAAAGCUAUUCAAACUCAGUGAUAUGUAACAUGUUCAGCAACGUACGAUUCUAUCAGUACUCCAUUGAAUUAUCGAAACACAUUGUUUAGUUUGGUUAAGAACCAUGACAGAUUUGUAAAGAUGGGCAAACGUUCAAAUAUUUGGGAACAGAUAGAAAAUAAACCCGUAAAAAUGCAGUGAGGUCUGCCAAAUACCUCAGGGCUUUAUUUUCUUAAAUGAUUUUAAACUUUAAUCUGUUUUAAGCCUUAUAUGGCAUUGUCAAAACUUGGAACAACAUAAAUUGGCAUUAACGUUGUUAAUUGUUAAAAAGUUUGGGUUAUUCAUGCAGUGUAUUCAGUUAUGGACAAUUUGUUUAAUCACAUGUUACAUCAAGUUCUGAAGGGUUUCAUCGAGUUUUUUUUUUUUUUAAGAAAAAUUAGAAUUUUUAUCAAAAAUGAUAAAAUACUACAGUUUCUAAAUACUACAAUUACUGUAGAAACUGUUUGUUUUAUUGAAUUUGUUUGUUGUACUUGAAUGAGUAGAAUUUCCUCUAAAAUGAAUGUGAUCUUUGGAUCGUUGAUUCAUAUGAGUAUGCAAGAGUGUGAUGAUAGAAAGAAGAGAGGAAAUAGAAAGAUAAAAGAAAGAAAAUGAGAUAAGAACAGGUGUAUGUACGAUAGAAAAGUAUUUAAAUAUAUAAGUUUAUUUAUUAUUAUAUAUAUAUUAGCUGUAUUGGAGUUGUCAUACCAUUGUGAAAACAAUUCCCCGUGUUGUAUAUAUACACUUGUCAUCAGGUGUGUGGAUCUUUGUCGACUUGACGUUCACCCCUUAUUUUAUCCAUCAGGCUUACAAAGAUUCACACACCUGUCUACAGGUAAAUUUUCAAAUGUGCCAAGAUUUUUGUACAAAAUACCUUAUCAGCUGGUCUGUGAUCCUAAAUGUAAAUAUUUUGUUGAUAAUUUGAAUGACACCAAUAAACUAUGACUAUUACAAGAUAAAAA